CCAUCGUCCGGCGUUAGGGGCAACUACGUCGGUGUUAUCAAUAUCUGUUUUCUGCAAUGGCCCAGCUUUUGACAGUAUAUAAUACUGCGUGGCUCUACAAGUGAGGACAAACAUUCUCUGGCUUGCAUCUUUCACCCUGCCGUUGCGUCAAUUUCUUGAUCGCCUCACCCUGACCUCGCAUAUUCACUUGAUCAUUACCUCAUCACUAUGGCUUUUUUCUACUCCCAGCUUUUCGUCAAGCCUGCCUAUCCAACGAGCAUGUUCUCCGGCAAAACAGUCGUCGUCACCGGAAGCAACACAGGUCUUGGAAAAGAGGCAGCCCGACACUUCGCGCGUCUUGGGGCAUCCAAGCUCAUCCUAGCUGUCCGCAAUACCAAGGCAGGCGAAGCUGCGAAAAAGGAUAUCGAAGCCACCACCAAAUGCCCCUCAUCUGUAAUCGAGGUAUGGUCCCUCGACCUGUCUUCGUACGACUCUGUCAAAGCAUUCGCCAGCCGCGCCUCUGAGCUUCCACGUAUCGAUGUCCUGUUAGAGAACGCAGGCAUUGCCGCAAGCAAAUUCCAGUUCGCCGAGGGCCAUGAGCGCACAGUCACCGUCAACGUCAUCAGCACAUUCCUCUUGGCAUUACUGCUGCUGCCCAAGUUGAAGGCAACGUCCAAGGAGUUCAAGACUGAACCGCAUCUCACCAUCGUGUCUAGCGAAGUCCACGGCUGGACGAAAUUUCCGGAGUGGAAAGAGGCCAACACAUUCAAAACUCUCGAUGACGAGUCCAAGACGAAUUUCGAAGAGCGAUACCCAACAAGCAAGCUCCUGGAGGUCCUCGUCAUUCGGGCCAUCGCGCCCAAGCUGGCCGGCUCGGGCGUCAUUCUCAAUUACUUGAAUCCUGGCCUUUGUCAUUCGGAACUCUCUCGUGAGGCUGGCUGGGGUCUGGCAAUAUUGAAAUUCUUCCUUGCUCGGACGACGGAGGUUGGCAGCCGGACGUUGGUGGCUAGUACCACUGCUGGCCCGGAGUCGCAUGGCAAGUACAUGACCGAUGCAAAGGUCGAGGAUGCUGCUCUUUCUCCGUUUGUAAGGAGUGAUGAUGGCAAGAAGGCGGCGGACAAGGUCUGGAGUGAGCUGAGCGACAUCCUUGAAGGGGUUCAACCUGGUGUGACUAAGAAUCUUUGAUUGUGUACUUAGCUGUGCUUGGUAUGUUGUGACAUGUCAGCAUAUAUGUGGGUAGAUGAAUGUUAUUCGUCGGCGCGUAAUGAAGUGGAUUUUUGAAUUUAUGGAAGGUGAAGUAAAGUGCAACACCUUCUGUGGCUCCAGCCGCAUCGAAACGCUGUAUGACGAGCGCGCGUCUAAUGCGA